AUGAGCGGCAGCACAAACGCGACUACGUGUGCUCCAUGGGAUAGCAGCCCGGCGCCACAAAGUGAGCUCGGCUUGGCUUUGGCCCUGCUCAAUAUGGUGGUCCACAUUCCCUUCAAUGACUUGCCUGUGGUCGAGGACUACCAACUAGGGCAACUGCGGCCGGAGUACGACUACGUCAUCGGGUGCGUCAUCGCCAACCAGCUCUCGGAGGACCCUGAUGUCACGGUACUGUUGCUGGAAGCGGGAGGGCUUGAAGCAGCGUCGCGACAGGUCCCUUUCGCCGCGCCCAUGAAUCUCAGGGGAGACGACGACUGGGAAGACCGGAGCGUACCACAGAAGAACGCCGCCCUUUCCUUCCAUGAACAGGUGAACUUCGAGGGAACCCGCGCCGUGGGUGCGUCAUUUACUAGAUUUGGGCGACCGGGGACCGUGUCGGCAAAGCGAGAAGUGAUUCUCUCAGCAGGCACCGUGGGAUCCACUCAACACCUGCUGCUCUCCGGACUGGGACCCAAGGAGGAGCUGAAGCAGUUACAGAUCCCGAUUGUCGCCGACCUCCCAGUAGGACGCAACCUUCAAGACCACCCAACUCUCCCACUGGGCGUCCCCAUUAGGACGGACGUCCAAGCUGGUAUCGGACCGUUUAGCCUGGAAGACAUUGCGCAACACGCGCGAAACCGAACAGGGACAAUUUUCAUACCGGCAAGUAUGGAGUUUCUACAGUUCCUGGUCACCGACUACGCGACAAAUCCUGACAUCCCCGAUGUAGAGGUAGCCACCAUGUCGAUUUCCCCGGCCCGCGAAACGCUGAAGACAACAAUGACGCAAUGGGGCCUGCUGCCAGAGGUUUUUGAUAGCUACAUUGGGCCCGUCAACGGGCAACCCGGCUUUCAAGCAGUAACAAUCCUCAACCGACCACGAUUCCGGGGAUCCAUUACGCUUCGUUCCACAGAUCCCUACGAGCACCCAAACAUCGACCCACGCAUUUUGGAGCACCCGGACGAUGCCAGGGCGGCCGCUCAAGGUACAAAGAUAUUCAUCGACAAGAUACUGAGCACGGACGCCAUGAAAAGCAUCGGCGCGAAGCUCUGGGACUCGACAUUCACGCCGUGUGCCGACGCGGGGCCCCGUUGGAGCGAGCAGUACAUCGAGUGCCUGUUCCGGCACACCGCACUACCCAUCUGGCACCUGUGCUGCACCGUGGCCAUGGGCUCGCACUCCGAGGCAGUCCUGGACGAACGCCUACGCGUCCGAGGCAACGUGACGGGCUUGCGAGUGGCCGACGCCUCAGUGAUGCCCGACAUCGUAAGCGGCCACACAAACGCGCCAAGCAUGAUGAUCGGCAGCAAGGCCGCUGACAUGAUCAUCGAGGACAACGAAGAACGCCAUUCUAAGAAGCGUCGCAGGACGACGGGAAGACAUUGACGUUCUUC